AUGAAUCGUUUUCGCAAGCACAAGAAGGUCAAGGAGGCUCUAGACGACCUGGAGGGCACGUCAUCCCCAUCACCGUUUAGUUUGAAGCCCUCGAAGAAAAAAGAUGUUGAAGAGGCGAAGUUGGAUCUGGAUUUGUCGGCCGCUCUCCCGUCGUCAGACAAUUUCCGAACCAGUCUGCUGAUGCCGAAGCUGUCGGCUCGGUUCAGUAUGCUGAGAGAACAGGACGACCCGGAAUCUAAGUUGGGCAAGGCUAGCGAUGACAGCGUGCUAUUCCCCAAACGAGCCUCGCGAUUAAACUUGUUCGGUCAUAACCCCAGCAUGCUGACCGAUAUUGAUGAAGUCUCCUCUAACGAUGGGAGCCGGCCCUCCUUUGCGCUGGGACGUACCGACUCAUACGGCUCGGGCGUCGAUGGAUAUGGCACCGAUGAUGACCGAUCGCAGAACGGUAGCAUCAUGAGCCGCGCCCGACGAGCAGAAGGGAACAAUUUGUUCGGCGGCCGCCAAAAGGUAUAUCGGAUUCCUGUCCGAUCACCCGGGGGAUCAGCGCCAAGUCCGACAGAGUCCAUUUCACGGGGAAUGGGCAAAGCCGUCUAUGAACACGACUUGAACAUGUCUGCUUUCCAACGCCUGAGACUCCAAGAAAAAGAGGAGCGACGCGCUGCGGAAGAGGCAGCACGUGAGGCUUCUCAAGAAUUCGAAGAUAAUACCUCGACUCUCUCUUCGACCGAACGCACGACUUACUCCUCAACCGCAUCGACGCACACUCCAGACGCUCGUAUGUCAACGGCAGCAACGUCCAUCGACGAGUCUCACCCUAUUGCUUCCCAAUCGCAAGUUCCCUCGAAUCCGAUCUCAGAUGCCAAGGUCGACAUACACCCACCGUCUGCCUUGUCUACACCCCGAAACGGCUCUGUCAGAUCCCACAGGCUUUAUGGCCAAGGCUUGACACAGACGGCACAAAACCAGCAGUCAUCAACUCUACAACGAUUGGAAAGCUUGAGCCGCCAGAGGUCCGGGACUCCAGAGCUCCUUCCGCUGAACCGUAAUUACUCCCGCAGCGCGGCCAACCUUCGUGAUCGGCUGCAAAAACUCAAUAUCGCGGACCCAGCUGCCACGGCUCAGCCCACUAGCCCCCCCAACAUUUCACCAACGGUUGCAGCGUUUGGAGCGGCACCACCUCUGAGCCCGCCCUCAAGUGAGACCGAUGAUGGCGCGUCCUUGCUGGCUGCUGCGCUCAACCCUGAAGACCAUGGCAAGGCGACAGCGAUGGGUCUCUUCAACAGACCUGCUACUGGAUUUGAUGAACAACAAUUUAUGCGUCGCCAGCUUCAGAUGCAUCAAGGCCGAAGCACCCCUCCACCACGACGGCCGUCUCCCCCGCGCCGUGCAAUGCCCCAGGAAUCUGUCGGCCGUACCCGGGGUCUCUCCAAAUCCAGCUAUCGAUCCCGAGCAGAGUCUGCUUCUUCCCAUUAUAGCAGUGAUGCCCACCAUGCCUGGAGUCCGCACUUUUACGCCCCUUCAACCGCCAGCGAGUCUGGAGAUGACAUUGAAGAACGGCGCUCAUACGAGGUGUCUUCCCCGACAUCUAUGGCCACGGAUUAUGGCCACCAAUAUCAGCCUUCCAGCAUUGUAUCCAAGCCAUCCACUUCCAAUGGGGAAUACUUGGAACCCCUCCCCGAAGUGACCUACUCGGAGCUGGGAGAUCUCAAGCCCAUUCAGGAGAAUGACGCUGUAGACGACGCUCCCAAGGUCUUAGGUCAGAAUGGUGAUAUCACUCCUGAGCGACCUGACUCGCCUACCUUCGGUCUGAACGGAUUUAUUAAAUCUCAUCUGCGACAGGAAAGUGACAUUUCUGUCUACCCUCCAACUCCGGGUCUUCCAUCGCGGGACAUGGAAGUCAACGAGAUAGUCAUCGAGGAGCCUAUCUCCGAGGUGAUUACUCCUGACGAGAUUUCCUCGACUUCGGGCUCGCAGCCCGAGCCGCUGAGUCCGAAACCUCCUUCUCACCAAUCUUCAGACAUGACUGCCAACCGAUCCAGUGAAGACUCGUCUGAUACAGGCACUAUGCCCGAUGGCAGCUUUGAGGCCUCGAACUCAUCAAAUUGGAAGGAACAGCUGGUUUACCAUCACCGGCGAGAUGGCAGCACUGAGACUCAAAAGGAGCGUGAGGAAUUCGCCAUCGAAUUAGCUGAGCGACGCCGAAAGGUCCAAGAAAAACUGCGAAGCGUCGCAGAAAGCGAGAGCCGAUCCAGCAGCCCCACACCUGGACGAAGCACCCCGGAUUUUACUCAAAUCAAGGCCGGCAACGCUUUUGCUAUGUUGAAGCAUAAGUCCAACAAGCAAGGCUUCCAGAAGCAAGACUCAAAGAACAAGAUGUAUGGCCUGAACAGCAACUCUUCACCUUCCCUGGCGCACGACGUAACCUGGCGAGAGGAAGAACGCCCGCCGUUCAACUUUGGUCGACACUCGAACUCAAGCUCUCCUCUUCCUGGAUCUGACCGGUCGUUCAGGUCUCGCAUGCCGACAAUCAGCCGUGGCAGCCAGGAGGAAUCACGCGAGUCUAGUCGCAGCCGUGGCCCUUCUCCGUCUCCCUUCCGGUCUCAGCGAGACCGCUCCGGCUCCGACGCUUCGGGCCGAUCCAAGAGUCGCACUCGCUACCGUGAGAGGGAAGAUCUUGAGACCGUUGAAGAAGGUGCGGUCAUUGCCCACGAAAACUUUGUUGUCCCUGACAACUUCGAGCCUCCGGUGCCUGCUUCGGUGCCCGGCUCUGCUCGCCCGUCAAUGGAAUAUGCCGACCCCUCCAUGCAUGAUCGGUCCUCUUCUGCUGCGUCAGGUCGUUAUCGUAGCACUAGCCGCUCUGGUACUCCAAGUUUCCAGUAUGAACGACCAUUCCAAUUCAACCAACAGCCUCACCAGCCUGCGGCAAUGAUUGGUGCUGCGCCCCGACCAUCCCCUGCUGCUCCUCCGUACUCGGCCAAUGCAACUCCGCCUCUGAAUGAUCCCGCAGACCAGUCUCCAACUGCUACCAUCUCUAGUGGCUCUAGCACUCUACCCCAGCGUGCACCUGGACAUAACAUGCUUCAGAAGCGCAGCGUGAACAAGAAGUUGAUCUCCGAGCCAACCUUUGUCUCUUGCACCUCGAAUGUGCCCACUGUGGGUCUACCAUCCGGCAAUUCUGCAUCUUCCAUUGCCUCCCAGGGCGCUGCUGCUCCUCCGUUGCCUCCAAUGAACCCUCGUCGCCGCCGUGGUACCCAGACCAUUCUCAGCGCAUUCAAGGCCGACAAACAUGACUCUUCGCGGGUUGCCUCUCCUGCCCCCAGCAUCACUGACGAGCACAGUGUUUUUCCAGAUGAUGAGAAACGCUCACGAAACCGUCUGCGCAAAACCUCCAGCGAGGGUGGCAACCUGAACGCGCGGGCGCGCCAGGAGGCCAUGGCGAGCCCUCCCCCAGCCAUCCCCCAAUACCCACCGCCAGCCAUCCCUGCUGAUGGUGGCAUGUUUUGA